AUGGCAUUGCUCCGUCCAAAAGGCCCACUUGUCACCGCCACCGCGGCUCUCCUGCCGUCAGGCAAAACAAUCCCAGGCCGAACAAUCCUGCUCGAGAAACUCGACCCAAAGCACGCCAAUGAUCUUUUCAGCCUUACUGGUGGGGCUGACCCAUCCAGAGAAGCCCUCUGGGACUACAUGUUUGACGGGCCUUACUCGGAUGCAGAAGUCUUCAAGGCCAGCAUCGCGACAAAGUCCACGUCAGCAGAUCCAUUCUUCUAUGCCAUUAUCGACCAGCGCGACACUCUACCCACUUUCGGAAAGGCAAUUGGCUAUUUAUCUCUGAUGCGCAUGACGCCUGAUCACUUGGGCAUUGAGAUCGGCAAUAUCAUGUACUCGCCUGCCAUGCAACGCACCACUGGCGCGACAGAGGCGAUCUAUCUUGUCGCCCAACAUGUAUUCCACGACCUUGGGUACAGGCGAUUCGAAUGGAAAUGUCAUUCACUGAAUGAGCCCUCGCGGCGUGCUGCGCUGCGCUUGGGAUUUACCUUUGAGGGGAUCUUUCGGCAGCAUAUGAUUGUUAAGGGGAGGAAUAGGGAUACAAGCUGGUAUUCUAUCUUGAAGGAUGAGUGGGAUGCGUAUCUGAAGGUCGCAAUGGAGAAAUGGCUCGAUGUUGAGAAUUUUAGGGAGGAUGGUAGCCAAAUUAAGACCCUGCAGGGCUUCAGAGCUGAGCAGAGUUCUUGA